ACCGGAUGUGAGUCGCACGGAUCUACUGGGAUCUUUUUUCUGGGUGUUGCCUGUGUGGUUUACAGCUCUGAAGUUUCUCUGGGGUGUUGCUUCUGACUAGGCAGGAAGAUUUGAACAGUUCCUUCCAUGUAGAGCUUUUCUAAAUCACUUCGGAGUAAUUCUCUCUCUUGUUACUGCACUUUUCAGGUGGACGGGUUUAGUUUAGCUGCUUCUAGCUUGACCUGCUAACCGAGAUCGAUGCAGGCCAUUAAGUGUGUGGUGGUGGGAGACGGGGCUGUGGGUAAAACAUGUCUGCUCAUCAGCUACACCACCAAUGCCUUCCCUGGAGAAUACAUCCCCACAGUAUUUGACAAUUACUCUGCUAAUGUGAUGGUGGAUGGGAAACCAGUGAACCUGGGUCUGUGGGACACAGCAGGACAGGAGGACUAUGACAGACUCAGACCUCUGUCCUACCCUCAGACAGAUGUUUUCCUCAUUUGCUUUUCGCUUGUCAGUCCUGCUUCUUUUGAAAAUGUCCGUGCCAAGUGGUAUCCAGAGGUCAGACACCACUGCCCCAAGACACCAAUCAUCCUGGUGGGCACCAAGUUGGACCUAAGAGAUGACAAGGACACGGUUGAAAAGCUUAAGGAGAAGAAACUCUCUCCCAUCAUCUAUCCACAGGGAUUGGCCAUGGCCAAGGAAAUAAGUUCAGUGAAGUACCUGGAGUGCUCGGCUCUGACACAGCGCGGCCUUAAGACCGUGUUUGAUGAAGCCAUCCGGGCAGUCCUGUGCCCCCAACCCACUAAGAAGCCAAGAAGGAGGAAGUGCAAAGUGUUGUGAUGAAGACCCCCCCCCCCCCCCAAUGUUAUAAAACAUGGCUGAAGUCAGAACACACAUCUUGGUUGAGGAAAAACAGCAAAUAUCUUUUCAGCUGGUGUUCUUGCUAACUUAGCAGCAGUAUUAGGUCUGACUUCCAUCUGAACUGACUUUUUAGAUCAAAGUAAAGUUCUUUUUUCCUCUUUUUUUUAUAAAUGGAACCAGAUGCUUUGUGGUUGAUCACAUUCGGUCCAUUCAGACUGACUAGUUCAUUGUAAAAUUUUAAAGACCUCAGGACAUGAAGGUAGAAGCUACAAUUGGGGAAAAUUCAUACAUUUUUGCCAUAAGCAAUGAAGAAACACUACUUGAAUAUGGAUUUGUUAUGAUAUCACUAGAUUUCCACAGAGAAAAUAUGAAGGUCCAGAACACUAAGAUUCCUGCUGCCUUGACUAAAUUUUACUUUAGGCAAAAAAUAUUUCUACAUAAACCGUUGUUUAAAUGUCACUUUUUUUGCUAGCUCUGAUUGACAGACUGGUUUGUUUACAUGUGUUGUUCAUUUAGACUGAAGCAGUUGCAAAAAUCCAGAUUAUAGAUUCCUUUGUUUAAUUUCAGCAUGUAUAGGAUAUUGUGACCUCAUAAUGAACACGCCUAACUCUUAAAGCCUGACGGGAGUAUUACAGGAACUGACAUGAGAAGAUGUAAGGCAGGCAGUGGUGAUGGGUUCACUCAUUUAUCUAUAAAUUUGUUAAAUUUAGAUUCAGAACAUGUUUAUGUUGACAUAAAGGUUUCUAGUUUUUGACACUCUAUGUUCCAAAUUUAUGAAGUAAGUCAGUGUUUUAAUUUCUGAAUGUUGUAAUUCAUUUUAAUACAUUUUAUGUCAAAUGCAAAGCAGGCAUGGGCUGGUAUGAGAUUCAUAGCAUUGAUCAAAAGUAUCCAUUAAACAUUUUAGAGCUUUAAAGUGUGUUGCACAGAAUAUACCCUUUCCCAUCUGCUCUUUUUUUUAACUGAUACUGGGAUUAAAACUGGCUGGUUUUAGCAGACAUGCUGCUCGUAGAUACAGCGUUGCCUUAAUAAGUAGCAGCCACUUUAGUCCCCACUCAGCUUUAGUCCUUUUAUCUUCCAGCUACCCAACAGUGCACAGCAACAGGUUGGGGAGGGGCAGUGCUUCUCCUUUUUGCCAAAGAAAACUCUGGUUACAAGCAAUCAGUUAAAGGGGGUUUAUUGCAAUUAGAGGAAUUGUAACCAACCCAUGCCUGAUUGGAAAUGAAUCAGAAGUAACCAGUAACGGUGCUCUAAAUAGGGCCAUACAAUCUGGAUACCCUAACCCUCUGUAGGGGUUUUCAACACAGCAGUAUCUUUAUGUAGUGUUGGUUUUUUUUAAGCAAAUAAAAUCUUUAUAAAGUUUUGUUGUGUUUGUAUUUUGUGAAAAUAAAAAUUUUUACUAAGAA